GCUCAAUCAGCCUUUCUGAUUUGAUGUCGAAUUAUCCAUUGGGACAUUCUGGGAGCUUCGGCUACCGAGGAGGCCGCAAGCGUGGCGGCUAUGGCCACCGAGGCGGCAAGGGAGGCUACUUCUCCCACCCGUUCCACCCAUCCCACUCGCACGACGGCUUCCCCACUCACCACCAGCAGCACCACGAGCGGGACAAGUGGGAGGCCCUCGGCAGGGCGCGAUUGGGCGAUGAUCAGCAGGGAGGACCGCAGGCCUCGGCCGCAGCCGAGGCAUCGGAUCUCCACUUGAACGGACGCGGCACGCAGACGGGACGCGCCGACCAACACGCCGGUCGGUCAGCCAGACAGCGCAGCCAGACAAACGGAACGGACGGCCUAUGCCACCCAAAUCAGUCGAUCUCUGCCUGUGUUGCAUGUGGUGUGGUGUGGGAUAUGAUUCAUUCAUGAAUGACAUGGUCCAUCAGGUGAGGAGAGUGCGUCAGGACCGACAGGCUCCUCUUCUCCCUGGGUGGUCCAGGCCACUGCCCCAGACCACACACAGACAGCUUCAGCGUCGGCGUCGCGUGCCGACCAUGGCGACAGCGUGGGUGAGGGCGGCAGUGGGGUUGGUCCACCUGGAUCAGGAGACGGGGAGGGAGGGGAGUGGCGCAGCAAUGGCAAGGACGACAGAUUCGAUAUGCGGGAGGGACUAGAGUUCCUCAAAAACCGUAAGCAUCGCAUCCAGGGCCGUCUCGGGGGCUGCCUGGCCUGUGUCUGGUUCAUCCAUGCUUGUCUGUCUGUCUGUCUGUCUGUCUGUCAUAUCUGUGUGUGGUUAUGUUCUGGGUCUUAUGUCAGGUCACGAUGAGGUGUUAUCGCGCCUGGAGAAGCAGCAGAGAGAGGGCAGACCCACAAAAGAUGGUACCCUUGUGGGGGAGAGGGAGUGAGGGAGAGAGGGAGGGGACAAUGCGCUCACGAGGCCCCCCAUGGAUGGGAUGGGAUGGGAUGGGAUGGGAUGAUAUGCGUUUACGUCAUUUUUCUUUCGUCGCCUGUAUGUAUGCGUGUGUGUAUGUAUCAGAGGACGGCUAUGUUCACCUGUGGAAGCCCCCGCCGCCCACGGCGCAGCAGCAGCAGCCCAUGCGGCCUGCCCAGGACGACUUCCUCCUACAGCUACAACGAGCACUGCAGCGCGUCCAACAGCCCAAGUGAGUGCGACAAACAAAAACAAACAAACAAACAAACAACGGACAAUCUCACCACACACACACCCGUGGCGUGUUGUCUGCAGGGAAGGGCACAUUCCAUCGUCCCCUACGUCCCUCCCCUCCCCCCCACCCCCCCACCCCAUCAAGCGGGGCGACGUCAUUCGGCCUUCCACAGAGGUGGCGGCGCAAGCGACCGGAGGGCCCGAAGCACCCGCGACUCCCCCACCCAUGGAGCAGCAGCAGCAGCAGCAGCAACAGCAGCAACAGCAGCAGCCCAUGGUACUGCCGCAGGCGUCCAUGCCCCACGGCGCUGCUCCGUUUCCGCUUCACAACCUCGACAAGGGCACAUGGGCAGCCCCGCCACCCUCCUGCCCGCCACCUCCUUUCCCUCCCUCAACGCUCCCUCGGCCACCGCCGCCAUCGACGACACUCGAUGUGGCGCUGACAGACGUCCAUGGCGGCCCAGGGCAGCAGAAGGGCCGGGGCAGUGGAGCCGCCGGCAAAACCAAGAAGAGGGGCUCCAAGGGCGGUGCGGCCGCUGGGCCGGUUGCCGCUGCUGGUGUUGGUGGCGCUGGUGCGGCUGAGGGGGAAGGGGACGGCGAGAAGCCUCCUGGGGCUGUCGCUGGAGGUGGUGCGGAGACGUCUGCACCUGCCCCACCGCCCCCUGUGGUGCAGGAGGAGCCUGUGGUGGCCAGCGCGCGUCAUCAAGAGGAGCCGACUGAGCAGGAGCCCCAGCAGCCACCGGCCACGGAACAACAACACAAAGAAGAGCCGUCCGAUGUGCCGACUGCGCCACCACCUGAGGCGACUGCAAAAGGGGAUGUGGCUCAGGAAGGUGAGGCCGACGUGGCGCCUCCCUCGAGCCCAUUCUUACCUCUUGACGCCGCCAACAUCGAGCCGCUUCCCGUCAUCACCCCCGCCACAGCUGAUGGGGCGCAGGCGGCUGACGAGGGUGACAAGGAUGCGGUUGAGGAGAGGCCGCCAUCCUAUGUGGCUGACGAGGCCACGGGCGGCGACAAGAAUCAAGAAGUGACAGCGGGGGUGGAUGUUGGUGGCGAGGGCAAGGAGAGCGGCGAGGCGGCGGCUAGUGCUGCAGAGGCAGAGAAGGAAGAGCCACAGGGUGGAGAGCAGACAGGUCAGUGGGCUGGGCUGGCGACAAUAUUACAUACACUGCACUGCACUGCACAGACAGGCCAUCCGAAGACCAUCGUUCAACCAUGGUGCUGUGCUAUUCUAAUGUUCAGGUAAAGCACCAGCCAUGCCGGAGAAGGCCACCACAGAGGUCACGGACGACACAGCCGCAGCGCCGUCCAGUGCGAUCGAGCCCGUCGCAUCUCCCCCGCCCCCACCCGCCGACGCAGACACAUCCCCACCCAAGGCAGACGACGCCAAGAAGCCCUCCGUCUCUCCCUGCCCGUCGCCCCCGCCCCUCGCCGCCGAUGACCGCAAGACAUCAGAGGACCGUAAGCUGCAGUCCAGCAAGCGAGGCAGCGGUUCGCCCGACAGCCAGAAGCGCAAAGCCGGCCAGAGUGUGUGGCGCGAGAAGCCCAAGGGAGGCCCUCCUACCGGCAGGGAGGGCGCCCAGCAGCAGCAGCAGCUGACGAAUGGCGUGUCGAGCGAGGCGCCCGUUGAGCGCGAGAGGGAGCGGGAUCGUGAGAGACGUAGCAAGAAGAAGGACAGCGACGCGCAGGGGCAGCAGCAGCCGCCGCCGCAUGAGGAGCGCAAGAGGGCGGAGGGGUCGGAGGGGAGGGACCAGCACAUGACCACUGCUGGUGGCGGCGACGAUGCACCACUGUCAGGGGAAAUAACCGAUGAGCAGCAGGUCAGUGUCAGUCGGUGUGUGAAAUCCACCCCGCCCCACCACAGAGAGAGCACCACAUAAAGCACAACGCGUGUGCUCUGUCUGUGUUGUGCUGCAGAAGGCGUCGGCGCUUCGCAUUGUGUCUGGUUUCAAGUCGAUAGUAGCGCAGAUGACCCCCACGGCCGAGUGCGCCCUGGCGGUGCCGGCAUCCAUGGCGGCCGAGGACCACACCGACACGACAGCUGACCAGGAGGCCAGCGGCGGCCAGGGGACGGACGGUGCUGCCAGUGGGCCCGGGGGCAGCAACGGAGUGGUGGUCAAGGUCGUCACCGAUGAGCAGACCAACACGGACGAGUGAAGGCAUGCACACUCACACACACAUACCAAGCUAUACAUACGUGUAGAUGGACGACUCAGAUAUCCAUUGGUUGGGGUGUGUGAGUCAGGUGAGGUGAGAUGGGCUGAGUUGGGACGGGGGUGGGAGGGGAGGGCGCCUGUGGGUCUGUCGGUGUGUGUGUGUAUAUAAUAGGACGGAUAGGGG